AGACAACCGGAAGCUCCACCUCCGAAAUUGACCGAACGGGAUAGUUCUUGGCCUGGCCCCCAUCUGUCACAUAACUGAGGAACGGAUAACGGAGAUAACAAGCAGCAGGAAUAAUGAAAGACUGUGUGAUGGAGAGGUGAUGUGUCAGUCAGAGGAGUGAAAGGGUCAGAGCAGUCAUGACUGAGUGCUUCCUGCCCCCCAGCAGCAGCCCUGCAGAGCAGCGUAGGGCCGAGCACCCAGGGGGCGUGGCCCGCACCCCCAGCUCUGAGGAGAUCAGUCCCACCAAGUUUCCCGGAUUAUACCGCACUGGCGAACCAUCGCCGCCUCAUGAUGGCCAUCACCACGAGACACCUGAUGCCUAUGUCUCAGACGAUGACAAAGAGCACGGCAAGAAGAAGAACAAGUUCAAGAAGAAGGAGAAAAGGACGGAAGGCUACGCCGCCUUCCAGGAGGACAGUUCAGCAGAUGAAGCAGAGAGCCCGUCCAAGAUGAAGCGCUCCAAGGGAAUCCAUGUGUUCAAGAAGCCCAGCUUCUCCAAGAAGAAGGAAAAGGACUUCAAGGUGAAGGAGAAAGAGAAGGAGAAGGGGCCCAAGGAGGACAAAGCCAAGGAUAAAAAAUCAAAGGACCUGACGGCUGCAGACGUGGUUAAACAAUGGAAGGAGAAGAAGAAGAAGAAGAAACCCACAACAGAGGCAGAGCCAGUCCCAGUGGAGAUCCCCACCUUCAGGCCCAUUUUUGGAGCACCUCUGACUGAAGCUGUCAAGCGGACAGCUCUUUAUGAUGGUAUCCAGCUGCCGGCUGUCUUCAGAGAAUGUGUGGACUACAUUGAAAGUUAUGGCAUGAAGUGUGAAGGCAUCUAUCGGGUCUCAGGUAUGAAGUCCAAAGUAGAUGAAUUGAAAGCAGCUUAUGACCGUGAGGAGUGCCCCUGCCUGGAGGAGUAUGACCCCCACACAGUGGCCAGCCUACUGAAGCAGUACCUCCGCGAGUUGCCAGAUAACCUGUUGGGCCGAGACAUGGCCCAGCGCUUCGAGGACGCCUGCGGUCGGCAGGUGGAGGCUGAGAAGAUGACCGAGUUCCAGAGGCUGCUGGCCGAGGUGUCGCCGGAGAGCCGACUUCUUCUCUCCUGGGUCAUCACGCACAUGGAUCACGUCAUCGCCAGGGAGGCAGACACCAAGAUGAAUAUUCAAAAUAUCUCCAUCGUCCUCAACCCAACCAUACAGAUUGGGAACCGCGUUCUUUAUAUGUUCUUCACACACGUGAGGGAGCUAUUUGGAGACAUAGUCCUGAAGCCGGUGGUGCGGCCACUCCGCUGGUCCAACAUGGCAACCAUGCCGGCGCUGCCUGAGACUCAAGAGAGCGUCAAAGAGGAGAUCCGACGACAGGAGUUCCUGCUGAACUGCCUGCACAGGGAGCUGCAGGCGGGGGUGAAGGACUUAUCUAAGGAGGAGCGUCUCUGGGAGGUGCAGAGAAUCUUGACUGCUUUAAAACGCAAACUGAGGGAAGCUAAACGUCAGGACUGUGAGAGUAAGAUAGCCCAGGAGAUUGCAAGCCUCUCGAAGGAAGAUGUUUCAAAAGAGGAAAUGACUGAAAAUGAAGAGGAAGUCAUCAACCUCCUCUUAGCACAGGAAAAUGAGAUCCUAACCGAGCAGGAGGAGCUGAUCUCUCUCGAGCAGGUGCUUCGCAGACAGAUUGCCACCGAGAAGGAAGAAAUCGAGAGACUGCGAGCCGAGAUUGCAGACAUCCAGAGUCGUCAGCAGGGGCGCAGUGAGACGGAGGAAUAUUCAUCAGACAGCGAAAGUGAGAGUGAAGAUGAAGAAGAGCUGCAGAUGAUUCUGGAAGAUUUGCAGAAGCAAAAUGAGGAACUGGAGAACAAAAACACCCAUCUGAACCAGGCAAUUCACGAGGAGCAGGAAGCCAUCUUGGAGCUGCGUGUCCAGCUCCGCCUCCUGCAGAGCCACAAACUGCAGCAGGAACUGACCGUCCAGCCGCCGGCCGAGCAAACCCUCCCGCCGGCGCAGCCGAGCCCGGAGCCCCGCACCGAGGAGCAAACCAAACGCUCCGUUGCCACGGUGGCUGCCACUGCAGAUACCGCUGCUUCGUCCAAUGGCAAGGCAGCUAAGGAUCCUUCAAAGCCCUCACCGAACAAAGACAAGAGGGACACCAACAUGUGAGACGUCACCUCUGUGACGUGUUGUCCUUUAGUGGCUCUCAUUGUCCACUGGAGGUUUCACCUUGCUUGAUCCAUGGGUUCACCAAGGUCAUGUUUCCAUGCAACACAAACACCUAAAAUAAAAUGGCUGUAGCGGACAACUGGCUACUGACUACUGUGAGAGGCGAGGCAGAUCAUAGAAUAAAAUCCACAGCCUGUGUGAAGGAAGAAGGGGAGAAAUGAAGGGAUUCAUAAAGCAAGGAAGGGGAAGGAUAGAGUUUCAAAAAGAAAAGUAAAAGUCAGGCACCUUCCCAGUAUAUGACAAAGUUUUAUUUUUUGCUGGUGAGGUUUAUAAAUGAUGAACAUAGACCAGAAAUAAUCUCCCUGUUGUUCACUAUGUCCCUCACCCAGAUGCAAAUUGGACAUUUAGGAUAGAGACCACUGUGCCAUAACCGAAGAUGCCAGACUGGCGAGACCCUGAGAACCACUAAUACAAAAACUCUUUGAAUAAUGAAGAAUUUAGGAUUGGUCUAUCUAUAUAUUAUAUAUUUAAGUAAUAUUCUAAAGAAUACGGAUGACUAUUCAAGAAAUACAUUGAUUUUAAUUUACAGCGUUUUAGUAAUAUAUAAAUAUGUAUAAAUAUAUUGUAGGUGCUUCCUUUUCUUUUGAACAUCAGAUGCACAUAAACACAGUGGCGUUGUGCCUCACAACUGACCAGUGGAUGAAAACAUGAACGGCAAACAAAUACGCAUCAAAAGUAUAUUCAUCACUGGAAAAUGUAGGCAGACAGCGGGAGGCUGCGUUGUUCCAGUCUCACUCUGCUCUGUCGUGCAAUCAUCUUCUCCGCUCUCUCUGCCUCUCUUGCACAAACAAGGAAAUGCGGAAAAUUAUAUUUCUCCAGUUUUAUGAUGGAUUCACAUCUGUAGUGAUGAUUGUUGUCGCCAAAAUAUGUGUGCAGAGACACGCAGGAGGCCUAUUUAGUUUUGUUGUGUAUUUGAUUGUGUUUUUUAAGGGUUAGGUUCUUGGUAUGUGGAGUUAUUGUUCAUGGUAUCAGUUGGAAGGGAGUAAGAAAAUUUAAAAAAAAAACUCAAGAUUACAAGUCAAUCAUUCCAUUUCACAACUGAUCCAUGACGAUUGCUAGUACUGUCAUUGUUCAGUGAUAUUUAAAGAAAAGGCAUGGCCUGCACUUACUUAACGAUUGUGUAUAUCAUUGUAAAAUUGCAAAUAUACUGUAUUUUCAGCUUUUAUGUUUUGUCAUAUGUUCCUUUUUUAUUAUUAAUGACCUGUAUUUAGUGCGCUAGUGUGACUGCCCCUUCUUUGGUCGCGGGAUAAUCAAAGCAAUCUCACCUGGAUUCAUGAUUCAAUGUGUUAAUAAUCCUGUGACUGAAACAGAUAAAUGCUAGAUUGGGCUCAGAAGCUUCUCGUGAGGUUAUUUUCAUAUUGUUCUCAGCUUUUGUAGCUUAUUGUUGCAGUCAGAAUAAUGCUGUGAAGAAUAAAGUGUCGAUCCGAA